AUGAAGUUAUCCUUGGUUUUGUUUCGUUUGAGGAAGAGUCCUUGGUUGGCUUUUGUGUUUCCAUUGAUAUCUUUAUUUUUAGUUUAUUUGAUAUUUUUCAAAGAGGAUGAAUCUAUUCUAGGGUUUUCUGGUUCUACCAUUAGAAAUCACAAGUGGGCACAUGAGAUCGAGGGGACUUUCUAUUUCCCAUACUCUAGCAAGUUCAAAUUGCCCAAAUAUUCUUACAAGAAGAAGUUCAAUUGGUUGUUCAAUGAUCGUGUCGAGGAUAUUAUUCCUGAGGGUCAUAUUGCUCAUUACGAUUUGAAUAAGUUGCAUUCUACAUCUGAUUCGAUCUCUGAUAAGGAACAUGUCUUGGUAUUGACUCCUAUGCAGACUUUCCACGAGAAAUAUUGGGAAAAUUUGUUGAAGUUAUCCUAUCCACGUGAAUUGAUUGAACUGGGAUUUAUCAUUCCAAGAUCUGAUGCUGGUGAUGCUGCAUUGAAGAAAUUGGAAACUGCAGUUAAAAAUGUUCAAUCUGAUAAGAAGAAUAACAGAUUCUCUAAGAUCACUAUUUUAAGACAAGAAUCACAAAGUUUCGAUAAGUUGGAAGAAAAAGAGAGACACAGUUUGGCUGUUCAAAAGGAAAGACGUGCCGCAAUGGCGUUAGCCAGAAAUGAACUUUUGUUCUCUACUUUGGGUCCACACACUUCCUGGGUUCUCUGGUUGGAUUCUGAUAUUGUCGAAACUCCAACAACUGUUAUCGAAAGUAUGACAAAACAUGAUAAACCAGUUUUAGCUGCAAAUGUAUACCAAAGAUUUUUCGAUAAUGAUAAACAACAAGAUUCUAUCAGACCUUAUGAUUUUAAUAACUGGGCAGAAAGUGAUAUCGGUUUACAACUUGCUUCAAAAAUGGGUGAUGACGAAAUUAUCGUUGAAGGUUAUGCAGAAAUCGCUACUUAUAGGCCACUAAUGGCUCAUUUCUAUAAUCCAAGUGGUGAUGUCGGUGAAGAAAUGGCAUUGGAUGGUGUCGGUGGUGGUUGUACUUUGGUUAAGGCAGAAGUUCAUAGAGACGGUGCUAUGUUCCCAAAUUUCCCAUUUUAUCAUUUGAUCGAAACUGAGGGUUUUGCAAAAAUGGCUAAAAGACUAAAUUAUGAAGUUUUUGGUUUACCAAAUUUUUUGGUUUACCACAUUGAAGAGUAA